AUGGAUGUCGAACAGUCCGCCGGCAUGUUUUCCGCGGCCGAGGCCGCCGAGGUGGGCAAGAAGAAGCAAAGUGAUCGCUUUUUCGAUGAGGACCGAUCCGUCGGCCAUGGAGAAAAUGAUCUGCUCGGCGGGGAGAAAGUUGACGCGGUGCUCGCGGCCAAGAUGAUUCUGGUGAACGAUGCCAUCGAUGAGAUUGGAUUCACCCCUCAUCACUGGAAACUGUUCUGCCUCAACGGCUUCGGUUACGCUGUCGAUUCCUUGAUCCUGCUGAUCCAGUCCAUCAUCUCUGUCCAAGCUCAGAAGGAAUUUCACCCAGGAUACUCGACUGGUCUGACUAUUGCAGUUUAUGUGGGCAUGCUCGUGGGCGCCAUAUUCUGGGGCUUUUCUGCAGACAUCAUUGGGCGCCGCUUUGCUUUCAACGUCUCACUGUUUGUCUCGUCUGUCUUUACCGUUGUCGCGGGUGCUUCUCCAUCCUGGGUCACGCUGGGCCUCUUUGUCUGUUUGAGCGCCUUCGGGGCGGGAGGAAACCUGGUUCUCGACACGACUGUGUUUCUCGAAUAUCUGCCCAGUCGGGACCAGUGGUUGUUAACGUUGAUGGCAGCCUGGUGGGGUCUGGGCCAGUUGAUUGCCGGUCUGUUUGCCUGGGGCUUCCUUCCAAAUUUUUCAUGUGAGGAUGACACCAACUGUACGCGAGCCAACAACCAAGGAUGGCGCUAUAUCUGGUACACCUCGGGUGCAUUUGUCUUUGUGCUCUCCGUUCUCCGAAUCACUAUCAUUCGACUAGAAGAGACCCCGAAGUUUUUGCUGGCCGAGGGUAAAGAUGCCGAUGCAGUCCGAGUACUGCAAAACAUUGCAACAAAGUACAAACGACCUUGCAGUCUCACUGUCGAGCGGUUGGAAGCCUGUGGGAUGAGUCAGACCCGCUCAACCACCGCAACGGGACUUUCCCAGCGUCUCAUUUCACCCAAGGAAGUGCUUCACCACUUGCAUGGCCUCUAUGCAACCCGAAAAAUGGGCUGGUCGACCACUUUGGUAUGGUUUUCUUGGCUUCUAAUCGGUCUAGCUUAUCCCCUGUAUAAUGUCUUCCUUCCUUCCUACCUGGCUACAAGAGGCGCCAAGUUCGGAGAAUCCAGCCAAUACAUCACCUGGCGCAACUAUGCCAUCAACAACACUUGUUCCAUCUUUGGUCCAGUUCUGGCAGGCUUCAUGUGUCGUUCUCGCUGGUUUUGGGGUCGCCGGGGAACCAUGAUCAUCGGUGCCUUGGUCACCAUGGUCUUCUUCUUCUGCUACACACAAGUGCGCACGGCGAGUCAGAAUCUGGGUUUUACCUGUGCCAUCUCGUUCUGCCUUAACAUCUAUUACGGCACACUUUAUGCCUACACGCCUGAGGUCUUCCCUUCUGCGCAUCGCGGAACGGGCAAUGGGGUGGCUAUCGGUCUGAACCGAAUCAUGGGCAUCGUGAGUGCGGUGGUUGGACAGGCUGCGAAUACAAAAACACCUGUGCCAAUCUUCAUUUGUGCCGCAUUGUACAUCGUGAUGGCCAUUGUGGCGGCAGCUCUCCCUUUCGAGCCAUAUGGCCGGCGAAGCAGCUGA